AUGUUUCAGAGCGAUGGUGGAGGAGAAUUCAUCAGUAAAGCUUUCUUGCAACAUCUGCAAAACAGUGGGAUUCAACACUUGGUUUCAUGUCCACAUACACCUCAACAGAAUGGUCUUGUGGAGAGAAAGCAUCGGUAUCUCACAGAGUUAGGUUUGUCCAUGAUGUUUCAAAGAAAAAUGCCUGCAAAAUAUUGGGUGGAAGCAUUUUUUACUUCCAACUACUUGACAAAUCUCCUGCCUACCUUUGCUUUGCAAGACAAUGCUUCGCCGUAUCAGAAGAUGUUUGGCUCUAUUCCGGUUUAUACAGCUCUGAGAACGUUUGGCUGUGCUUGUUAUCCCACCUUGAGAGACUAUAUGAGUCAUAAAUUUGAUCCCAAGUCCCUCAAAUGUGUGUUUCUUGGUUAUUCAGCUAAGCACAAAGGCUAUAGAUGUCUAUAUCCUCCGACUGGACGGGUUUAUCUUAGUCGGCAUGUGAUAUUUGAUGAGUCAGUAUUCCCCUUUCAAAACGUCUAUAGUACCUAUCAUUCUCCUGCUAAUACAAAUUUAUCAAAGGCGUGGCAACAAAGUUUUGUUCCUUCAUCGAACAAUACUACAUCCACGCACAGAAAUUCAUCAAGUGUGGCUCCAACUACUUCCUCUCCAGUGUCCGCAAAGGUACCGAUAGUUCAAGACGAGUUGCAUUCUGAACUUCAUGACUUGUCUACCUCACCAGAGGAUACAUGUAUUGGGCGUACGCCAUGCUUAGAUCAUGAUGCUAUAGGCGACAGCGUGUUAUCUUCUGUUGCAGGGACAGACAAUACUGAGGAUCAGUCUGAUAUACCUACACGAGAAGCCAUACCAGCUACAGCAGAGGUUCAGUCAGAAAUAUAUCUUCAGGAGAAGCAAGACCAGCAGCUGCUGCAAUUUCAAACCAUCCGAUGA